UUCUUACUCUGAGGUAUUCUCCGGGUACUUUACUUUUACAGUAUAUUACUUCCUAAAAGCAGCUGGGAACUGGAAGCUAAAUUCAUCACAACAUGGGAAACAAGCAAUUCCAAAAGAUUUCUUUUUUUUUGUCUCGGUGAACCCUUGCAUUCCUUUCCAGGUUCUUUCAAAGUAGUUCUGUGGUUAGGGUGACUGCAUUACUGUUUUCAAGGGAUGUAGAUAAGCCUGAAAGAACACAAGUUUCAAGAAAGAAAUGAAAAAAGUGCCGUGCCUUAGAUGACCGUGUUUGAGAGCAGCAAACAACAGCAGCAAGGUCAGAGCAGGAAGUUUCCAGGUUUCUUUAUGCUGCUUGAAAACAGAAAGGAAAAACACCUCACUGAAGUGCUGUGGCAGGGCCCUCACCUAGAGCUCUUCUGCCAUGGUGACGGUUUAUCUGCUCUCUCUUUAUGGUUGUGCUUCCCUCCCAGGUCAGCUCAGUGCCCAGGGCAUGGCCAGCAGUGCCUAUGGUUAGAUUAACACCCCUGGGAAGUACUGCCCUGACCAAGUCUGUUCUCAUAUCUGUGCAGCAUAUUUAUUAAGUCCUCACUGAUAGCUCAUUCAUUAUAGGAAAGUUGGUGAAAAUCAGGGUAGUUGCCGUGGAGGUGGCAGGUUUGAAGGCACUUGAUGCAGAAGAUGCUGUGCUGUACCCCAUCCUUCCCACCCCAUUCUCCAUCUUCAUCUUCCUCUGCUUAAUUCCAAGUCCUUUCCCUCACUCACCCCAGAAGUCCCCCUUGCCUCCCAUGGUGUCCUUAGUCAUUUCACCCACUGCAUUCACCCUUUGCUCCUCUGAUACCUGCUCACUUCUGAGUUCCCCGCACAAGGCAGGAGGAGUAUUUUACACACAAGACAACACUGCCAGUGCAGCUGCUUCUCCACAGGCAUCCCACUGGGAAAUACAUUGGGAGUUUGUCACCAUGGUGCUACUGCAACACCCACUGCUCCUUCAGCCUCUCUUCCUCCGAGCUCUCUGUUAAGGGACUGGAAGAAGCCUGCCACUUCUUGAGCUGCUGGAAGAAAUGAGCCCAGACCUGGCCUUCCUCCCCAGGUGGUCACCAGCUUCCAUGGCAGGGGACAACUCUCCCCAGUCUAUGGUCUCAGAACAUCAUACAACACCUACGCAUCAGGACCAUGAAUACAUCCAACAACUGCAGUGCCACAGAUCUAGAAGUGUAUCAUCAUGUUCGUCUCAUUGAACUUGUUCUGUAUAACCUCAUUUUCUUUUUUGGAGCAGUAUUUAAUGGCCUUGCCCUCUGGGUUUUCUUCUGCAAGAUAAAGAAGUGGACAGAAACAAAAGUGUAUGUGAUCAAUUUAGUCUUUGCAGACUGCUUCGUCAUCUGCACCUUGCCUUCCAUGUCUUAUUUGCUCUGGAGUAAGUCAAAUCGAAAUGAACUCUGCCAGUUUAUAGAGGCAAUAUAUAUUAUCAACAUGAUAGUGAGCACCUACAUCGUUUCAUUUAUCUCCAUCGAUCGAUAUAUCGCUAUAAAGCAUCCAAUGAAAGCCAGGACCUUCAGGUCUCCAUCAAAGGCUGCCCUUCUCUGUGGGCUUCUGUGGGUCUCUGUGAUAAUCGGUACCACCUUAAGCCUUUGGCAGAGACAUGCUGCUUUCUGCUUUCAGAAGGAUUCCUCCACGCCCACUACUCUGAGCCUGCUUUCCAUUUUCUUCGCUUUUACUCUUCCAUUAGCAAUCUUGACUUUUUGCUCCACAGAAGUAAUCAGGAACCUUAAGAGACAUCUGAACACGAAUUCACCAGAGGAUAAAUCAAUCCAGAAAGCUAUUCACAUUAUCUAUGCAAAUUUGAUUGUAUUUCUAGUAUGUUUUCUGCCAGCCAGCCUUGGGGUACUUGCCAGGUUCAUAAUGGAGAGAGUCGAAGCUACCUGUUUCAUGCUCCAGGUUAUGAAGAACUUCUCCUCUGUGACAAGGUGUAUUGCCACAUCCAACUGCUGCCUGGACAGCAUCUGCUACUACUUUGUGAGCAAGGAGUUCCAUGAAGCCCUUCCACUGCCCAAAUCUAGCCCUGAACAAACAAAUCAACCCCCCCCCUUUCAGACAUACACGUGCUAAAGGAUGGGAGGGAGCCGGGGCGUGGAGAGGGGUGAAAAACACCAAACCCAAAAACCACCACAACAACUCCGUAUCAUCAAGAGAAGCUACAGCUUCAGUGUUAGUGGGAUAACUAUUGCUCUUUCUCUCUAGAGAUAGCUUUGUGUUACUAAGUUAUCUGCAAUUUAUACUCUAUGUUUCUAUUAAACAAAUAAGUUAUUUCACAGAGAUGUGUAAAGUGUGUAUGUAAUCACCGGCCACUAACAUGUCUCCAUUCCACCCUCCAGCACCUAUUCAUUAGUCUUACAGGAAGACUGGUGACCCAUA